UUUUUCUCUACGAAGCCCCGAGACUGGACCCAAUCUUUCGGUGCGUGGGCUUCCGCGACAGUAGAACAGACCCGUGAUAACGCCGAAUUGAAAGGUUCAGCGACGGAUUCCAAUUUUCCAGCAUUCUCCGACCGCCUGAAACUUCAAUUCCCAUCUCUCCAAGUUAAUUCCCUCGCAGAAUACUGUCCAAAAAUGCAAUCCGAAGAUUCGAAAUCCCCAGAAUUCCCAAACACGUCGCGAAAUUUGCACGCUCCGGCCAAUUUCCUGCCGUCGACUUCUUCCUGUCCUGAAAUUUCACCGCCCCCAACUCACCGCCCUGCUCCGGCCGCCGGCAUCCCGUCCAACAACCGUUCUAGCCAAUCCAUAAUCCUCUCCCCGGUUCCUCAACCCCAAAGAGUUUCCGUUGUCUCUCCCCCUUACCAUUUCCAAGCCCCUUAUAAAAGAAUCCAUUCUCCCGAUGAUAUACGCCGCUUCCACGAUUCCGAUUCCGGAAGAAAUUUCAUCGGUUUCGUCGUCGCUCUCUCAGAAUCCACACGAGGCCGGAAAAUUUCCGAUCCUUGUCACCAAUCCGACACCGUUGGCUCCAUCGUCUCCAUCCUCGAUACUCUGAUUCAAUGGAUCGAAGAUAUACCUCCGGCGCAGCAGGCAUCGCGCUACGGAAACCUUUCGUAUCGGACGUGGCAUGCCCGGUUGGUGGAAAACAGCGAUUCUCUCAUGCUUCGAUUUCUUCCCGAGGAUCUCCAGUCGGCCACUGUAGAAAUUGUCCCCUAUUUCGUUGAUAGCUUUGGGAAUCCAAGCCGUAUCGACUAUGGCACUGGGCACGAGACAAAUUUCGCAGCCUGGUUGUAUUGUUUGGCGAAGUUGGGGAUAAUUAAAGAAGAGGAUUAUCCAGCCAUUGUCGUUAGGAUUUUCGUCAAGUACCUUGAGUUAAUGAGGAAACUGCAAUUGGUUUACUGCUUGGAGCCCGCGGGUUCUCAUGGGGUUUGGGGCCUUGAUGACUACCAUUUUCUGUCGUUCGUUUUUGGAUCGUCGCAGUUGAUAGACCAUAAGUAUCUGAAACCCAAAUCCAUUCACAGUCAGGAUAUCUUAGACAAUUUUUCAAAUGAGUAUCUCUACUUCUCCUGCAUUUCGUUUAUAAAGAAGGUGAAGAAGGGUCCAUUUUCGGAGCAUUCACCAUUGCUUGAUGAUAUUAGCGGGGUGCCUACUUGGAACAAGGUCAAUAGUGGGUUGCUCAAGAUGUAUAAGGUGGAGGUAUUGGAGAAAGUUCCCAUUAUGCAGCAUUUUCUCUUUGGAUGGCUCAUCAAAUGCAGACUAGAGAUGGCGGAGGGAAGCGAGUUCAGGCAUUGGGACGAGCUAAUACCCGAUGCUCUUGGUCUAAUCUUCAGUAAACUUCCACUUCAAGCGAUACUCAUGGUUAUACCCAGAGUCUGCAAAUCAUGGGCCAAAGCAGUACUCGGACCUUACUGCUGGCAAGAGAUUGACAUUGAAGAAUGGAGCAGCCGAUUCCAGCCCAAUGAUGUCGACCGGAUGCUUCAAAUGCUGAUUAACCGAAGUGGCGGUUCGCUUCGCAAACUCUGCGUUACUGGUCUCCAUAACACCAGCAUAAUCUCCUUCGUAGCUGAUCAUGCUGGUUCUCUUCAGACAUUACGACUGCCAAGGAGCAAUAUAAGCGAUACUCUAGUAGAACAAAUUGCUGGAAAGCUUUCAGCAGUUACGUUUUUGGAUCUAAGCUAUUGUGAUAAAAUCAGCGCCACUGGUUUAGAGUCCAUAGGAAAGAAUUGUAAAGCCUUAGUCGGAAUUUGUCGAAACUUGCACCCGCUGCACACAGCAGGUAGGCCCUUGCUGGACGAUGAAGCUUAUGCCAUUGCAGCCACAAUGCCAAAACUCAAGCACCUUGAAAUGGCCUAUCACCUCGUAAGCACUAAAAGUGUGAUGACAAUACUGUCGAGCUGCUCCGAGCUCGAGUUUCUCGAUUUGAGAGGGUGUUGGGAUGUAAGGCUGGAGGACAAGUUUCUUGCAGAGAAGUUCCCAAAACUAAGGGUGUUGGGGCCUCUCGUUAGAGACUACUACGAGAGAAACGAGUGGGACGAAUGCUCAGACUACUCAUACAUAUCAGACGACUUGGCAUGGGACUUUUCUGGAGAUUUCUACGACGAUGCAGAGAGUUACGACGAUCCGUGGGACGACGAAGGCAGGCUAGAGGGACUAGAGUUGAGAUUUUACGAAGGAAUAGAUGAAGAUGGUGGAGCUUUUGGGUGGCCUCCCUCCCCUUAACACUAUGGAGUGAUGCUGGUUUUUGGGUUUGUGAAAUUGUUUGCUCUUUUUAUUUUGCUCUUCCUACUUGGUAUCAACUCGAUGCUUUUGGAACUUGUGUGGAUUUGUAAAUUCUCUAAUAGAAAUUCAAGCGUGCCCCCCCUUUUUUUUUCU